AUGAAUGGCACCAGUCCCACGUCGUCAAGGGCGAAGCGGAAGCAGGGCCCCUUCCCUGCCGACGAACGUCCGCAUAAACAACUCCGACAGGCCUUGAACGGCAAGAUAUCCCCGAGCGAGAACACCCCCGAUGCCGAGAUGGGAAGCUUCUUGGACAAGGGCGAUCUGACCGACGACGAAUUGGCCGUCUUCUACCCACCGCAACCUGCUGCUGCCGAUACCGCAGAGUGGCAGGCCACGAUAGAGAACGUCGUAAGGAAUGUGGUCUCCAUUCGUUUCUGCCAGACAUGCUCUUUCGACACAGAUGCCGCCUGCGCCAGCGAGGCCACCGGGUUUGUCGUCGAUGCCGAGAAGGGUUAUAUCCUCACGAAUCGACAUGUCGUUGGCUCUGGGCCGUUCUGGGGCUACAUUGUGUUCGACAACCAUGAGGAAGUGGACGCUUUUCCUGUCUACCGCGAUCCUGUUCACGACUUUGGUAUCCUACGGUUCGAUCCGAAAGCCAUCAAAUACAUGCCCCUUUCGGCUCUGACACUCCGCCCGGACCUUGCAAAAGUUGGUGUUGAGAUCAGAGUUGUUGGUAAUGAUGCAGGCGAGAAGCUCAGUAUUCUUUCUGGUGUUAUCAGCCGUCUCGACCGAAACGCCCCCGAGUAUGGUGAAGGAUAUAGUGAUUUCAACACCUGCUACUACCAAGCAAACGCAGCAGCUAGUGGAGGUAGCUCGGGCAGUCCUGUCGUUGAUAUCGAUGGCUUUGCUAUAGCUCUACAAGCUGGUGGGAGAUCUGAUGGUGCCUCUACAGACUAUUUCUUGCCACUAGACCGCCCUCUUCGGGCGUUGCGUUGUAUACAGGAAGGGCAGCCUGUCGAACGCGGCAGUAUUCAAUGCCAGUUCCUGCUGAAGCCCUUCGACGAAUGCCGCCGGCUUGGCCUCACACAGGCGUGGGAAGCCGAAGUCCGAAAAACGUUCCCCAAGGAGACCAAUAUGCUUGUUGCCGAGAUCGUCCUUCCUGAAGGACCUUCGCACAAUAAAAUCGAGGAGGGUGAUGUUCUAUUAAAAGUCAACGGCGAGAUGAUUACCCAGUUCAUUCGUCUAGACGAUAUAUUGGACUCGAGCGUGGGAAAGAUCAUCCGGGUGACCCUUCAACGAGGAGGCGAAGAUAUUGAUACUGAUGUCCCGGUUGGAAAUCUGCAUGACAUCACCCCGGACCGCUUCGUUACUGUAGCCGGAGCAAGUUUUCACGACCUGUCUUACCAGCAAGCACGUCUCUACGGCGUUGCUUGCAAGGGUGGAGGUGUCUUUGUCUGCGAAUCCACCGGGUCAUUCCGCUUCGAAAGUGCAGACAACGGCUGGAUGAUCCAGAGCGUGGACCAGAAGAAGACACCUGACUUGAACGCCUUCAUAGAGGCGAUGAAACAGAUCCCGGAUAGGAAGCGAGUGGUGGUUACCUAUAAGCACCUCCGUGACCUGCAUACGCUCAACACCACCAUCAUCAACGUUGAUCGGCACUGGUCGACCAAGAUGCGCCUGGCAGUACGAAACGAUGUGACGGGGCUAUGGGACUUCACAGACAUCGCCGACGCCAUUCCACCAGAGGCUCCUGUGCCUCGAAAGGGCGCGUUUAUUCAGUUAGAGCAUACCUCUCACCCUGCCGUGGCCGAAUUGGUCCAAAGCUUUGUGCGUGUUAACUGCACUAUGCCAUUGAAGCUGGAUGGAUUUCCCAGAAACCGGAAAUGGGGCAUGGGCCUGGUGAUCGACGCGGAGAACGGUCUGGUGGUGAUAUCAAGAGCAGUCGUCCCCUACGAUCUGUGCGACAUCUACAUUACCAUCGCGGACUCCAUCGUGGUUCAAGGCGAAGUCAUCUUCAUGCAUCCGCUCCAGAACUACGCCAUCAUCCAGUACGACCCGAAGCUCGUCGACGCGCCAGUCCAAAGUGCAAGGCUAGGCAACGAUACCAUCACCCAAGGUGCUUCGACGACAUUCAUUGGUUACAACCGAAGUGGACGAAUCGUCCAUGCGGCCACCACAGUGACCGAAGUCACGGCAGUUGCCAUUCCUGCAAACUCGGGUGCGCCGAGGUACCGUGCCACCAAUGUUGACGCUAUCACCGUGGACACAAGUCUUAGUGGACAGUGCGGUAGUGGAGUGCUGGUCGAUAAGGAGGGCACUGUACAGGCGUUGUGGCUUACCUAUCUCGGUGAGCGAUCGCAUGGCUCAAGAGAUGAGGAGUACCACCUGGGCCUUGCCACACCAACUCUGCUCCCGGUGAUUUCCCAGAUCCAGCAAGGACAGACACCCAAGCUGCGUAUGCUCUCGAUGGAGUUCCGUGCUAUUGCCAUGUCUCAAGCGCGCGUCAUGGGUGUACCUGAGGAUUGGAUUCAUCAAGUCUCGCUGGCCAACAAGCACAGUCACCAGCUGUUCAUGGUUUCGAAACGCACUUUCGAGCGCGGCCACCACCCCAACGUCCUGCUCGAGAGUGAUAUCAUCCUGACCCUCAACGGAAAGAUGAUUACUCGUGUGUCUGAAUUGGAUGUUAUGUACUCGCAUGAGGUUCUCGACGCCGUUAUCGUUCGUGAGAGCCAAGUGAUGCAACUGAGUGUUCCCACGGUACCCGCAGACAAUGUCGAGACAGACCACACCAUCUCAUUUUGUGGCGCUGUGUUGCACGUCCCGCACCUGGCCGUCAGACAACAGAUCAGCAAGCUGCACAGCGAAGUAUACGUAUCUGCGCGAAGCAGGGGUUCGCCAGCAUAUCAGUACGGACUGGCGCCCACGAAUUUCAUCACCCACGUCAACGGAAAGAAGACGCCGGAUCUAGAGGCCUUCCUGGAGAACGUGGUCAAGAUCCCGGAUAACACCUACUUCCGCCUCAGGGCCGUGACGUUUGACAACGUCCCGUGGGUCAUCACCAUGAAGAAGAACGAGCACUACUUCCCGACGAUGGAGUGGAUCAAGGACGGCUCGGAGCCGUGCGGCUGGCGGCGCGUCACCUACGAGAGCAACGGCAAGGCGGUCGAGGGCGAGCCCAUCGACGGCAUGAUGCCCGUCAACAGCGAGGAUGUCGGCGAUGGGGACGACGACGGUGGCGACGGCGGUAUAUAA